AUGAAUCGAGAUAUUGAAAAGGUUGCACAUGAGCGCAACUCCCAGCAUGCAACGUUGCCUCAUUCGCCCCCAUCACCUUCGAGGCCAGUGUCGUACACGGCGCAAGUAUCUCACGAGAGGACCAGUGAUGCUUUCACCCCUCAACUUGGCAGCAACCGCGACCCUAAGUCCCCAACUUUUGACGCUCGUGCUUGGGCCAAGGACUUUACCAGACUUAAGGAUUUGGACCCCAACUCUGCUCCUCCUACGGGAGCCCAAUUCCAGGAAUCGACUGGCAAUAUCUUGCUGGCUAUUGCAGAACGUCUGGCUCGUUUGGUCGGUAGGAGCAGCCGUCACGGCAGGCGCGUCGAUAUCUUACGCGACUUUGAGGGCGUAAUUGAGAAGGGGGAAAUGCUCCUAGUCCUAGGGCCACCAGGCUCUGGCUGCUCAACAUUUCUGAAGACUCUGUCAUCUCAGACUGCAGAUGUGGAGAUUGGUUCCGACACGUACAUCAACUACCGAGGAAUCAACACCGAAUUGAUCCGCACCACUUUCCGGGCCGAUAUCCUCUACAAUGCCGAGCUCGACAACCAUCUCGCUCAUCUCAGCGUUGGGGAGACCCUCGAAUUUGCCAGUCGGGCUCACUCCGUUAGACAUAUUCCAGAAGGUUGUUCUCGCCGGCAAUUCGACCUUAUGAACCGGGAUGCGAUGAUGUCAAUCUUCGGUUUGACUCAUGCUGUCGAUACUCGCGUUGGGGACGAUGUAAUCCGAGGACCUGGAUUUGAGCACUCCGUACCCCGCACACCGAUUGACUUUGUGCAUAGAUGGUCGGAAAGCAGGCAGCGACUGAAUUUGAUUCGCGAGGUCGCGGCUUAUGAGAAGAACCACCCAUCGCAGGAAAGGCUAGCAGAAUACCAGCAAUCUCGCCGGCUUGAACAAGCAAGACUCCAACGUACCGGCUCACCAUACACCAUCUCAUACACCCAGCAAGUCAAUCUCACAUUCUGGCGAGCUUGGCGUAGGUUGCUGGCAGACCCUGGCUUUACCAUCGCAUCCCUCCUCUUCAAUCUUAUCAUGGCGCUCAUCCUUGGAAGCAUGUUCUACAACCUGAAAGAGGACACGACAAGCUUCUACUACCGGGGCGGAAUCAUAUUCUUCUCGCUCAUGUUCAAUGCGUUUGCCAGCCAACUAGAAGUUCUCACCAUUUAUGCUGAGCGACCUGUGGUCGAGAAGCAGAAUCGCUAUGCGCUUUACCAUCAGUCGACCCAAGCCAUCGCCAGCUAUUUGUGCGACCUUCCGUACAAGAUUGCCAACAUGUUGGUCUUCAACAUACUUGUCUACUUUAUGUCUCAUCUUAGGAGAGAGGCUGGUGCCUUCUUUUUUUUCUGCCUUGUCACCUUCCUUGCCACCCUCGUGCAGUCAGCUAUCUUUCGCACCUUGGCCAGUAUCACACGGACAUCAGAUCAAGCUAUGAUACCGAGUGCUGUUCUAGGACUUGGACUCAUGAUCUAUACAGGGUUUACUAUGCCAACUGCUUACAUGCCGGGCUGGUCGAGGUGGAUGGCAUAUAUAAAUCCCCUAGCCUAUUCAUUUGAGGCUUUGAUGGCCAACGAAUUCCACAACAGGAUGUUUGAGUGUGCUUUCAUGGUGCCUCAAGGACCGGGAUACGAGGAUUUACCACCGACGUCACAGAUUUGCUCAGUUGUUGGCGCGGAACCUGGUUCUUCUCUUGUCGACGGGGAUCGAUAUAUCAACUUAGCAUUCGCAUACACAGACACCAACAGAUGGCGAAACGUCGGGGUACUCUGCGCCUUCAUGGUCUUCUUCUUUGCUACAUACCUUUUUGCGGCUGAGUAUGCUAAGCCGCCAAGGACGAGAGGUGAGGUCUUGAUCUUUAGAAGAGGAAAGAUGCCCUCAACCAUAUCAUCAGGCGAAAUGUCGCUCAGAACCCAAGACCCAGAGGCACAAACACAAGAAGAUGGAGGUCAGCCCAUCAUCGCUGAGAAGAGAGAACCGAGUGCUGAAGAUGGUGCUCAUACUUCUGAUCGCCUCUCAGCCGGGACGUCGGUCUUUCACUGGGAAGAUCUCUGUUAUGAUAUCAAGGUUAAAGAUCUGGGUCCAGACUCAUCGACUCUCAUCAACUAUUUUGAACGCAAUGGCGCACCGAAGAUCGACAUCGAUGCUAAUCCCGCCGAAUGGAUGCUGGAGGCGAUCAAGACACCACAAGAUGGUUCAGAAGGCAUAGAAUGGCACCAAACCUGGCGAGAAUCUCCAGAAUAUAGGAGUGUCAAGGAAGAGCUCAUGCGUCUCCGAGGGCUGGCCUCGAUUCAAAUUCCCGCGGACUCGAAGUUUGACCAAAAGUCCCCAGAGUUCGUCUCUUCGUUCUACAUACAAUUUCGAGAGGUCAUGAUCCGCUCCGCCAAACACUUUUGGAGGUCUCCUGUGUACCUUUGGUCCAAAACAAUUUUGGUUGCACUGUCGUCGCUCUAUCUAGGCUUCAGUUACAGUGCCAACAACUCCAUCCAAGGACUUCAAAAUCAACUUUGGGCAAUCUUCAUGUUUCUCGUGCUCUUCAUCAACAUCAACGAGCAAAUCAUGCCCACAUUCGUCGUCCAGCGCAAUCUUUUCGAAGCUCGCGAGCGCCCAUCUAAGAUAUACAGAUGGAACGUGUUUGUCCUCUCCAAUAUCAUCAUUGAGCUCUUCUGGAACUCCCUCAUGGCGGUCAUCAUGUACUUUUGUUGGUACUAUCCAGUCGGCUUUGUUCAGAACACUGUCCCGGAAGACCAGACAAUUCGCAGCUUCCUCGUAUUCCUGUUCCUCUGGGCCUAUCUCCUCCUCACAAGUACAUUUGCUCAUCUCGCCAUCACCUGGAUUGACCUUCCUGAGGUUGCAGGUGUCUUGACAAGUCUUUUGUGGAUGCUUUGUAUCUUGUUCUGCGGCAUCGGCGUCCCUCCAAUUGACCUCCCAGCCUUCUGGAUGUUCAUGUAUCGCGCAUCUCCAGCAACAUAUCUCGUGGGCGGACUUAUGUCAACCGCUGUUGCUAAUACAGAUGUGGUUUGCGCAGAUUACGAACUUGUCCAUCUCUCACCACCCGCUGGGAGUAACAUCACAUGCGGCGAGUUCCUUGGUCCCUUCGUCGACACCGCGGGUGGUCGCGUAUUGACACCCGGAGCGCUGGACAGAUGCAGUUACUGCCCGCUGGCGACCACAAACGACUUCUUGGCACGGUUCGGUUUGAGCUAUGACACACGCUGGAGGGACUUUGGCAUCGUAUGGGUUUACAUCUUGUUCAACAUCGCAGCUGCACUAGGGCUUUACUGGGUCGUUCGGGUGCCCAAGAGCAAGCGCUCUAGAGUCAAGAUAGGAUCAAGUUGA